AUGGGGGAAGAAGGUAAACAUCACGCGGACUACAGCAACGUUACUGGGUUAUCCAAAGAAGAAACUUUGCAACACAUCAUCGACUCCUACGAGGCUCUUGCCAGUGACACUACAAAUUGGGUUGCAAACUUGUCCAAUUGUUCGUCUUUGGUAUGGCAUGCUUACCAUUCUUUGAAUGUUCCUGUUAACUGGGCUGGUUUCUACGUUAAGAAUGGGGAGAAGAACGAAUUAAUUUUGGGUCCAUUUCAAGGAAAAGUAGCAUGUCAAAUCAUUCAGAUUGGAAAAGGUGUUUGUGGAACGGCUGCUCAUUCUAAGGAAACCCAGUUGGUUCCAGACGUUGAAAAAUUCCCAGGCCACAUUGCUUGUGAUGGUGAAACUAAGAGUGAAAUAGUGGUACCAUUGGUUAAAGAAGGGAAAAUUUUGGCUGUCUUGGAUAUAGAUUGUUUGGCAUUAGAUGGUUUCGAUGAACUGGAUAAAAAGUUCUUAGAAGAAUUGGCCGUAUUGAUCGUGAGGACUUGUGAAUGGCAAUUUUAG